AGAGGCGGACGGACAGAGGGAGCUGGGGAGAGGGACAGAGCGCUGCCGUUACAGCAUCGGAGGUGCUGCUUUCUGUGUCUCUCUGGGCGGGGGUUGGUGGUGUGAGCGGUGGGCUAUGGAUUCGGCCAACGCCUCGUCCUUCCACUUCUUCGAGCGCGACGACCUCUUCUCCCCCAACGCCACCUGCCACCCGGACGUGCACAGCUACCGCUACUUCGGUGCGGCGCUGGGCCUUGCGGUGACCCUGGUGGGCACCGUCGGCAACGUCAUGACGCUGCUGGCCUUCGCCGCGGAUCCCCGCCUCCGCAGCCGCUUCAACCUGCUCAUCCUGAACCUGACGGCGGCCGACCUGCUCUACUGCGGCUUCCUGCAGCCGUUCACCUCCGCCACCUUCCUGCGCAACGGCUGGGCCUGGGGCCCCACCGCCUGCCGGAGCGUGGGCCUGCUCAUCUUCGUCGCCAACGCCGUCUCCAUCUUCAACCUGGUGCUGAUCGCCGGCAGCCGCUACACCCUCAUCGCCAACCCCCAGGCCUACGAGAGGGUGUUCCAGCGCCGGACCAUGCCCUUAUUUGUGGCCCUGCCCUGGGCCCUGGGCCUGGCCCUCUUCGGGCCCCUCUGGCGCAUCUACGUAUUCCUGCCGGCCGUCUGCACCUGCAGCUUCCACCGCAGCCGGGGCAAGCCCUACACCACCAUCCUGAUGUUCUUCAUGUUCGUCCUGGGCCUGGGCUGCAUUGGCGUCUUCUACUACCUCAUCGACCGCAGGGUGCGGGCCGCCUCCCGGGCCCUGAAGAUGCACCGGCGCGGCGACGGGGGGUGCAAGGCAGGCGGGAAGGCCGGCCCCCGGGCCGCGCUGGACCACUCCUCCUCGCAAGGGACAGCAGCGGACAGUAGGCCUCAGGCUCUGUCGGAUCUCUCCUCCUCGCUGGGCCCGGGUGCGGGCAGUAGGCCUCAGGCUCCUCCAGACGGGAACAGCGGGCCUCAGGCUCCGCCAGACGGGAACAGCGGGCCUCAGGCUCCUCCAGACGGGAACAGCGGGCCUCAGGCUCCUCCAGACGGGAACAGCGGGCCUCAGGCUAACCCAGACGUCCCCUCCUCCUCCUCCUGCCGCCAGGGCCGGCGCGGCAAGAGGGCCGGGAAGGGCAGGCCUCGCGCCCCGGACAGCGGCUACGGCGACGAGGCCUCCCGGGAGACGGAGGGGACCAGCGUGGCUGACGAGGAGUCCACCCCCGGCCCGCGCCAGCAGCAGGGGGAGGUCCCCAUGGCGCAGGGGGGCGGGGGAGGGGGCUGCAGAGGAGGCGUCAGGGACUUCCGCAAGGUGACGCGCAUGUGUUUUGCCAUGUUCCUGGUCUACGUCACCUGCUACAUGCCCUUCUGCGUCCUCCAUGUGGUGGACGGUAAGAAGCGGUUCCCGGUGCUACUCCACAUGGUGGCUGGUAACUUCACCUGGCUGAACAGCUGCAUCAACCCUGUGCUGUACGCUGUCAUGAACCGACAGUUCCGCGAGGCCUACCACGGGGUGCUGCUCAAGGCCUACCGCCUCUGCUUCUGCCGGCGCUAGGCCCGGAGUCGAGGUGGGGUUGGGGCGGGUUGGGGGGGGAGGUGUGCAGUUCGGUUCUGCCCUCCCCUUCUUCCCCUAUUCCCCCCCCUCCCCCGUCUCCUUCGGCCUGCUCCCCCACUCAACUCAGCUCCCCCUCCUCCAGCCUGUCCCAAAGGAACAGCAGGAGGCCAUUCAGCCCCCUCCUCCAGC